AUGUUAAUCUGGUUUGCUUACGCUGGCGUAGUAAUCGUGCUCACUUCAUUUGGCACUUCUAUCGGCUUUACCAUCUUCUGGAAAGUCCUUGGUGUCGGUUAUCUCAUAUUUGCUGUGGGUGCAUUUUAUGGCGCUCAUGCAAUCUACUAUCAAAUUCCGCAUCGCGUAGCCAAAUUCGUUAAAGCUUAUCUCAUCGCCAUCAUCUUCUAUAUCGUAGCUGAAAUUGCUUACGUUGUUGUUGUAGAGAUUGCCGUGAAUUCUACCAUAGCUGCUGCUAAAGAUGAAUGUAUAAAGGCUGCUCAAAAGGCCAAUACAUCUACAGCCAUCUGUGAUAAUAUUGCUAACACAUCAGGUUACAGCAUUGUUGGUUGGAUUAUUCCAUUCUUGAUUGGUACAUUGUGGCAAGCCUACUUAUAUGUCUGCAUUCGAUCUUACAGUUUGGAACUUAAUGAACGCUCAGGAGAAAAACCAGUUCAAAAUAAUAUCGCCCACCAUAUUUGUCAAGUAAUAGAAUGCGCCAAAGAAUUGGACCGUACCAUUCAAUGCUUCAAUGCCGCCUACAUCAAAGAAAUUCACCAACCACUCGUUAUUCAAGAAAUUGAAACCUACUAUCAAUCACCAAAGAAACAUACAAACCAUAUACAAGACAUAAAAACCAACAAAAAGCAACACCAAACGACCGCACAUGAAAUGGCGAUGCCAAAGAUAAUCACCUGUGAAAUGACACCAAAGGCAACCACCUAUAAAAUGGCAACACAAAAGACAACUACCUAUGAAACAGCGAUGCUAAAGACACCAUUUAAUGAAACGGCGAGACUAAAAUACUAA